GAGCAGGGCGCGCGACCUGACGCAGGCGGAGAUCGAGAGCCGCCUCGAGUUCGCCCACAAGAUGGAGAAGUUCUACGAGGACAAGGCCCGGAGGGAGGUCGAGAACGGGAUGGAUAUGGACAACGUCCAGGAGCUGCUGGCCGAGGGGGUCCUGUCCGAAGCGCAGGUGAAGGGCAUGGCCGCCCGGCGCAAGAUGCACCAGAAAGAGCAGGAGCCGAGUGACUUCGAGGGCGUCGCCGCCGCCGCGGGCUACGUGACCACCGAACAGAUGAUCGAGGAACACCUGGACGACAAGUGGGCCGUCAAGAGCGGCGCCCUGAGCGCGGUGGCGGACUGUCGGAUCUCUUCGGCACGCACGCCUUGCAGGCGAAGAUAA